CCUGCUCUGUGCCUGUAUCUGAGAUCAUCACUGUUGAAGAAACAGAUGUUCAUGGCAAACACUACACCAGUGGAAAAUGGCAGAAAAUGGAAAAGCCUUACGCAUUUACAGUUCACUGUGUGAAGAGAGCGCGACGUCACCGCUGGAAGUGGGCACAGGUGACUUUCUGGUGCCUGGAGGAGCAGCUAUGUCAUUUGUGGCUGCAGACCCUCCGGGAGAUGCUCGAGAAGCUAACAUCUAGACCAAAGCAUUUACUGGUAUUUAUCAAUCCAUUUGGAGGAAAAGGACAAGGCAAGCGGAUAUAUGAAAGAAAAGUGGCCCCACUAUUCACAUUAGCCUCCAUCACCACCGAAAUUAUUGUUACUGAACGUGCUAAUCAAGCCAAGGAGGCUUUAUAUGAGAUGAAUAUAGAUAAAUAUGAUGGCAUUGUGUGUGUUGGCGGAGACGGCAUGUUCAGUGAGGUGCUGCAUGGUCUGAUUGGGAGGACGCAGAGGAGCGCUGGUGUUGACCAGAACCACCCCCGGGCCACUCUGGUCCCCUGCACCCUCAGGAUUGGCAUCAUCCCUGCAGGGUCUACAGACUGUGUGUGUUAUUCAACAGUGGGUGCCAACGAUGCAGAAACAUCGGCUUUACACAUCGUCGUUGGAGACUCGCUGUCCAUGGAUGUCUCCUCAGUCCACCACAACAGCACACUGCUCCGCUACUCGGUGUCUUUGCUGGGCUAUGGCUUCUAUGGAGACAUCAUCAAGGACAGUGAAAAGAAACGGUGGAUGGGUCUUGUCAGAUACGACUUUUCAGGUUUAAAGACCUUUCUCUCCCACCACUACUAUGAAGGAACAGUGUCUUUUCUCCCUGCACAACACACAGUGGGAUCUCCAAGGGAUGGGAAACCCUGCCGGGCAGGAUGCUUUGUUUGCAGGCAAAGCAAGCAACAACUGGAGGAAGAGCAGAAAAAAGCCCUGUAUGGUUUAGAUAACGCUGAGGAAGUGGAAGAGUGGCAAGUUGUCUGCGGGAAGUUUCUGGCCAUCAACGCCACAAACAUGUCCUGUGCUUGUCGCCGGAGCCCCAGGGGCCUCUCCCCAGCUGCCCACCUGGGAGACGGGUCUUUUGACCUCAUCCUCAUCCGGAAAUGCUCCAGGUUCAAUUUCCUGAGAUUUCUCCUCAGGCACACCAAUCAGUGGGACCAGUUUGACUUCACCUUUGUUGAAGUUUAUCGUGUCAAGAGAUUCCAGUUUACAUCCAAGCAUGUGGAGGACGAGGAUGGCGACCUCAAGGAGCGAGGGAAGAAGCGCUUUGGACAGAUCUGCAGCGACCACCCCCCAUGCUGCUGCACAGUCUCCAACAGCUCCUGGAACUGCGACGGGGAGGUCCUGCACAGCCCCACCAUCGAUGUCAGGGUCCACUGCCAACUGGUUCGACUCUUUGCACGAGGAAUUGAAGAGAAUCCCAAGCAAGAAUCACACAGCUGAGAAGCCAUCGCGUCGCCCACCUUCCUGCACCCAGGAAGAGUGAAAAUUAUUUAAGGAAAUUACCACAGACCAAUUAUGUUGAUAUAUACAUUUAAAUUUAGAAAUUUAUUUUUGAUAGUUAAAUCUUGAUUUUAGAAAAAAUACCUUUUGUCAACGAUUUCGUGUACAUUUUUGGCAUUUUAAGUUCUAUGUGCCUCUGUGGGUUGCAUUUCACAUAACUUAUUCUCAGCAAAUGGUACCUGUUGAUUUGAGGGCAUUGGCUUCUUAGAUUUUAACAAUGUCAACAGUGUAGUUUUUUAAAUGGCCCAUUAGUGGCUCUAUUGCAAUAAUUUUAGGGACAUUAUAAUAUGAGUGCUUUCCAUGGAGGUCACACCAUCUGGGCAUGAGGUAAUCAGUGGGUCACUCUGAUCCACUUUGUAAGACUUAUUCUGUAAUUGUUUGUGGCCAAGUUUUGGAAAGUAGCUGAUGCUCUUUGCCUUCAUUUUGCCUUCAUCUUAGUUUAUGAUUAGGACAUUGUGAUUUGAUCCUUACUGUACCGUGCAACUACAAUGCAACGUAGUCCUGCUUUAAGUGGUACUCUAAGAGUUAGGCCAUUCCAGCGCAUUUGGGGGCGGGGGCGGGUGCAGAAAGGAACAGAACUUAAUCUUGGAGUUCUCCACUCUUGCUUCAUCUCAGUCACGUUUCUAAGACAAUCUCUCUGGGAGCAAGAAUGCAGAGUCUGUUCUGGAAACCCAGAUCGUGAGAUCUGGAAGUGGGCAGUUGUCAAGCACUGACAAGCUUUUUUACUGUUAAGAUGUAAAAUACUGAUGCUUUAUAUUGACACAGAGUACACAAGCAGCUGGGCAAUGUGGGGAAACAGGAAGCAGCAGCCGUCGAUGGGGAGGGGUCCUCCCCCACUCCAGCAGAACUACCUUGGUGCAGACCCUGAAGUCCACACACAUGGUCCAGAUGUGUUCUGUUCUUGUCUUCAUGCUGAGCUCUAGAUAUUUAUUGAACACUUUGUCCCUUUAAAUCAGAAUGGUGUAAGUGGUGUCUCCACUAUUUGUCUUUUGUCUUAAACCAUGAUGGGUCGCUGGUCUCCUUCUAAGCAUGGAGGCUUCAGUGACCAGAGGAUUCUUCCCUGAAGGCAUUCCUGCUCCAGUCCCUGGGGAACCCCUCAAUUGUGUGCUAUGUCCCUGUUGUGUUUGUAUUCAUACUUGUGUAUAUGAUGAAAUAUAUGUAACUGCGUCUUAUUUUAAAUACAAGAAUAUGCAGCUUAAACUUGGACCUAGAAGGAGAGGGGACUUGACUGUUACGAGAGCACAACUGCAGAUGCUGUCCUGUCACACGGCUUCUCUAGCCACUUAGCAUUUAACAGGCAGCACAUGUUUUUAGAACUCCCUUGCGUCAAUUUAUAUUUUAAAGUAUACAGGAAACUUCCCAUUCCAGCAUUCAGCCUCACCCAAGUCAGACACAAGGGCAGCUUCAGCGGUGGUUUUUUGUGGACCGUGUUUCAAAGGUAAUUGUGCAAGCUGAAUGAAUGGCUUAAUAAUUAAUGAUUGAAUGAAAAAUCUGGGGAUAAAGAGUAAACAUGCUCUGGCUGUUUCUCUUAAUGUUUGCUCCUGGUUGGGAAGAAACCAAAGAUGUAAGACUAGCAGCUUCUUGAGAGGGGCCUGCCUGCCUGCCUGAGCCCAGCAGCUGGUAUAGCAUGCAAUGCCCUGCAGCACCAUGAGUCCCUCCAGGAGAGAGGGCUCAGAAGGCGGCUGGCUGCCCAUAGCUCUCUGGAAUCGUGUUGCUCACAGGGUUUCCCCGGAAGAUUCUUCCGUCUUUACUGUCCCUGGUAGAUGUUUCCCAUACACUGAUCUGUCCUAAAAGCCGCUACCAAUUUUAGCAAAAUGGUCCAGGCCAAAGAGGAAACAUUUCAGGUUCAACAAGAAACCCAGCCAUUCCACGUGGCUGGUUCCUGAGUGGCUUUGGUGAUAUUUACCAACCACCUGCUGACAUUCAAAUUUGUGAACCUCAGGACAGUUGUCUGAAUACCCUGCAAGUGUCUGACACUCCCCGAAAGCCCAGUGAUAUAUACGCACAGGAUGGGAAGUCACCGCUCAGACAUUCCCGUGUAAUAGGCUCUGAUUUCCACGAAGCCUUUUAGAGGCAGCAACUACAACACCUGUACUUUGGAGUUUAAGAGGAAAACAAACAAACCAGAAGUGAUGGCUAGAUAGUGAAAACUUAGGAUCCUUUAGAAGGGUUAGUCUAUGUUUUAGUUUCCUUUGUGGCUCGUUGGUGCAAAACAAUUAGACAGCAGUUACACACUGGAACCUAUUCUAGUUUAUUCUAAUUAAGGAGUGAAAACAUUGGCAGUGCCUGCCCUGGUGUGGGCUUGACUUGUUCCUGAAUAAAAUCUUGUAUAAUGGGAUGCUAUGGGAAAGGGUGGCUUCAUUUUCUUCCUAAUCUUGCUGGUUUCAAGAUUAGAAAAUGGCAUUAUUUGCUCUGAUAUGUUUGAAAAGACAAAAAUAAAGUUUCUUGGGCAGAUUUGACUUUUUUUCCUUUCUUUUACAAAUUCCUAUUAUUUUCAAAGUGGAAUAUUUUUCAUGAAAACGCACAUGCAAUUUAAGCAAGAAUAAAAUGAACAGAGGUAUAACUACCACCUAUGCCAGGAGACUGAGAGUCACCCCAGAGCUUCCUGUGCCCCCUCUGGAUCUCCCCUGCCUCCUCUCCUAGGGUACUACUGUUUUAAAAGGUGGGCGUGUCCCUUCCUGGAAUCCCUCCCUAUGAUCCCUAACAACAUGUUGCUUAGUUUUGCAGGUUUUGUUCUUUAAAGGAAACCUACUCUGUGUUGUUUUCUGUCACUUGUUUAUUUUACUCAUGUUCCGAGAAGACAUUUGCGUCAUGAAACUGCAUGAAAUGAGUUUUCCAGUCUGUGAACAUGACGUUCUUUCCAUUUCUAUAGAUACUCAUUAAUGUAUUUCAAUAAUUUUAUUAUUUUUUCAUGUAAGUCCUUAAAUUGUGUUUAGAUUCUUAAAAACUUCGUAUCUUGAGGCUAUUAAAAUCUUUUUUUGUUUUGCA